CUCGCUCUACAAACACUCGAACACCAAACGACUGCCUUCUAACGCCCAACACCGAGACGGGAAAAAGGAAAAUGGGCAGUAAAAGGCCGCAUCGAGACACCGAGUCUUCGGGCCACGGCUUCGAGAACGCGGCGAGAAAGCGACUGAGGACCAACCGGCCGCAUAAACCAAGGCCACAGGCCGUCGACAUCAACAGCCUCAAUGCGAUCAAGAAGCGUGCUAGGGCAAUUGAGAGGCUGCUCGCGCGGGACAACCUGAAGCUUCCGGCAAACAAGCAGAACGACCUCGAGCGAGAGUUGGCGGCACACAAGCAGCGUAUCGAAGAUACGCGGAUGAAGAAGGAUAGAAGCCACAUGAUACACAAGUACCACAUGGUUCGGUUCUUUGAAAGGAAAAAGGCAAUGCGAUUUGCCAAACAGCUCGAAAAGAAGGUUGCGCAAGCGACGGACCCCGAGGAGGUCGCUCAGCUCAAAGCCGACCUCCAUGUUGCGCAGGUCGACACUGACUACGCGAUAUACUUCCCCUUCCUGGAGCCCUACAUCAGCCUGUACGCCGGCGCCGCAGCGGGAGAGAAGGAGGAGACGAACAAGGCGGCGCUAUAUCUGCGUAGCCCACGGCCGCCCAUGUGGACCGUUGUGGAGAAGACGAGGGAGGACGGCCAAGCUGCGCUCGAGAGGUUGCAGAAUAGGCGGCCGCAGACGAAUUCGGGUCCAGAGGUUACUGGGCAGCCAGCACAGGACGAUGCCCCGUCCAAACAACAGCCGACAAAGAAGGCGAGGAAGGGAGUCCCGCAGCCGGAGGCGAAGACGUCAAAAUCAAGACCGAACCAUAAGAAGGGGCAUGCCAGGGGGACGAAAGACGAUGAUGAGGGGAGCGAUGAUGGUGGUUUCUUCGAAGAGGAUUGAAAGCGGUUUUUUGUGAGCAUGACAAGCAGGCCCCAAGUGGAUUGUCUCUAGUCUCUAGUAUUGUAAGCGACUGACGCGAAUUCUGAUACCCAUACCAUGGAGUGCGAAAUAUUGUACAGUUUCUCAACCCCCGUUCCCUAUACCGCAUGAAGCUGAGUUGGGUGGGUUGGAAUCGAACUUCGGGUUAAACCGUGAGCAAGCCAGCCAGCGGACACAGUCGCUGGGGAAUGAGGCCUACCGCAGCGGCCUGGAUCUGCCUCCUGGCU